AUUAUCAACCAUAUCCAUCCCCUGACCUUCAGCACGCGCGACAACACCAAUCCACGGCGACAAAGAUAAUCUCAUCGCGCCGCCGCCGUCGCCGAAAUGUUGAACUUUAUCCUCAUCCAGAACCGACAGGGCAAAACCCGCCUAGCAAAAUGGUACGUCCCCUACAGCGACGACGAAAAAGUCAAGGUCAAGGGCGAGGUCCACCGCCUCGUCGCCCCCCGCGACCAAAAGUACCAAUCCAACUUUGUAGAGUUCCGCAACCACAAGAUCGUCUACCGCCGCUACGCCGGCCUCUUCUUCUGCGCCUGCGUCGACACAAACGACAACGAGCUCGCCUAUCUAGAGGCUAUCCACUUUUUUGUUGAGGUCUUGGAUGCAUUCUUUGGCAACGUCUGCGAGCUGGAUCUGGUGUUUAACUUUUAUAAGGUGUACGCCAUCCUGGACGAGGUCUUCCUCGCGGGGGAGAUUGAGGAGACGUCGAAGCAGGUUGUGUUGACUAGGUUGGAGCAUUUGGAUAAGUUGGAGUGAGAGGGGCGAGGAUAUAUGGCGAAAGAUAUCGAUUGUGCGCGUGGAAAGGAGGAUGAAUAUCCCCGUGGCUGAGCGGGAGAGUCUAUAUCGCCCGAUGUCGGGAAGAAGGAGAGACGGGCAGGCCACGGGAUGUUGAGCAGGGCAGAGCGGCCAUGUAGGAGGGAUUACAGAACCAGGGCCACAUAAACAUCUCAAAAGAAGCAGGUUCACAUCGGGCAGACAGAAAUGUCAAUAAUCAUCGCAUUUGUCUGCUGGCGAAAUCAAGAUAAAGGAAUGGAUGCAUAAUAGUACAAUAUAAUACAGAAAACAAGUCAAAACUCCAGACCACCGCUAAAAUUC